AUGGCGCCCCCCUUAUCACCGGGUGUCACAUUCGCCGCCCUCCUCACGCUCUACUUUGCCAGCGCGGCGCUCGCCAAACCCCCAUGCCCGCUCUGGGGCCACAUGUACCCGAAGCCGGGAAUUGGGGCGCUGUCGACGCACCCGGCGAUCCAGCAGGCGUCGCAGUCCCUAUCGGCCCUGUUCCGGCAGCACCUCGACGGGACAGAGGGAGGGGGCGGCGGCGGCGGCGGCAGCUCUGCCAGCUACUCGUACGCCAUCGAGGUGUUUUCCGCAGACGGCGGCGACGAGGCCCCGCUGCUGUGGUCGCGCUACUGGACGGCGCCGCGGCUGCCCGAGCAGGACGCCGCAGGGGUCGGGGUCAAGACGGUGGCCUCGGACACGGUGUUCCGCAUCGGCAGCGUCACCAAGGUGUUUACGGUGCUGGCGCUGCUGGCCGUCGCUGGGGACGCGGUCUGGAACGACCCCAUCACCAAGUACGUCCCCGAGCUGGCGGCGCGGGUGGAGGAGACGGCGGGCGUGCCGGCGGAGUCGACGUGGAGUCCUGACUGGGAGGAUGUCACGAUUGGAGCAUUGGCUGGGCAGACUUCGGGGAUCAUGAGAGAUUACGCGUUGCUGUCAGAGCUAACCUGGGGCGGGCCCGUCAAGCCCGAGAACCUCGUGCACUUGGGCUUCCCUCCUUUGAACAGUUCCAAGAUGCCACCGUGCGGGACCGGGCCGCUGUGUACCAGAGAGCGUGAGACGGCUUUCUUUUCCCCCGCCCAAAGAAUGUACAUAGGAAAGCUCCUAGCCGGCAUGGCCAAGCAGCCUCCGUCAUUCCCGCCCUCAGCAACUCCGGCCUACUCAGAUCUCGGCUUCGUCCUCCUCGGCUGGGCCCUCGAGACAAUCACUGGCAAGCCUUACCGGCAGGUCAUGACCGAGAGUGUAAUUGUGCCGCUGAAUUUGACGCGGACAUUUGUCGAUCCGCCACCCGAUUCGGUCGGAGUCGUGCCUGGAGGAAGGUGGAAUGUGUCAUGGGCGUUUGACAUGAGAGACGAGAUAGCAGCCGGCGGAAUGUGGUCAUCACCGGGAGAUCUCACCAAGCUUGCGCGCGGGAUCAUGACAUCGAAGCUGAUGAAGCCCUCCAUGACCCGACGCUGGCUACGGCCCAAGUCAUUCAGCUCGGAUCCACGUUCUGGUGUCGGCGAGCCAUGGGGUGUUCGUCAAAUCCCUCUGUAUCCGUUGACCAACUCGACCUACCAAUACGUGACGGCCUUCAACAAAGCCGGCCAGAUCGGCAAGUACGGCACCGUGUUGUCCAUGAUCCCCGAGCUCGGCAUCGGCCUCAGCAUCGCCGCGGCCGGCGACUUCCCCGCCAACAUCAACAUGGCAUUGGCCGACACGCUAGCCAACGCAUUCAUCCCUCCCUUGUUGCGCGCCACACGAGACGCCGCCAACCGCACCUACGGCGGCUGGUACCGGCAUCGAACCCUGAACUCGUCGCUGCUCGUGACCAUCCACCCCGUCAACCCAGGCCUCGAGAUCGGCAGCUGGACCAGCAACGGCACCGACAUGCUGCUUGCCGCCACGAGCCUCACCAACGCGAUCCCGGCGCGUCUGCUACCGUCCGUCGAUGUCUCGGGCAUCAUGUAUCCGACGGGGCUGGAGGAUGUCCUUCCCGGGGGCGGCCGCAGGGUUUCGUUCAAGGCUGUAUUCGAGGACCUCGCCCAGCCUCAGCAGGCCGGGCCCUACACGACCGACUGCGCUACUUGGAUCUCGCUGUCCGGGACCAUGUACGCCGCGCAGCCGCUGGACCAGUUUCUGUUUGAGCUGGGUUCCGGAGGGGAGGUUCUCGGGGUUUACAAUCCUGCUCUGAGGGUCACACUCGAAUAUGUCGGAUGGGAUGCUGGAAAUGGUGGUGCUGGUGUGGCCCCCGUUGCGCCGUCACCAAUGGGAAACCACACCUGGUCAAAUUCGACGAGGGCGUCGGUAUUGUCUGCUGGGUAGACGCCUGCUAUCUUUUAGUUUGCACUGG